UGGCACGGGUCGGACCAUGGGUUGGACAUAGGGUUCAUAUUUGGCGCCCCUUUUAGGGACACUUAUGUGUCCAACGCUAGUGAUAGUCAACUGUUGAACGAACGGCGCGUAUCACUCAGUGCUAUGGAAACGGUGGCCAACUUUGCGAGAUAUGGUAAUCCGGGCAAACAGGAGAGCAUUGAAUGGCAGCCGUAUUACGAGACUAAUAAGAAAGACAUUAUAAACCCGUACUUCGAGUUCACGCGCCGUUACUUCAGUGACAGUCCGUUUGGCGUGGGAUUCAAAUACGAGUGCAACCACUUCUGGCAUAAAUAUGUGCUGGCUAACUGA